AGCGUCUGACGUAAGGACGCUGCUUUGGGAACCCGGAAGCGUGCUCACAUUGUUUACAUCCUGUCUUUGUUCGGAGGAAAUUCCGCCAAAAUGUCCAAAAAUCGGUCGAAGAGCAGCGCGAGCCGCAGCCUGCGCGCGGUCAUCGACCGGCAGCUCGCGGCGGCGGCGGAGGAAAUCUUCUGUCUGCUGGAGGAGCGUCAUCAGGCGGCGGUGGAGCAGCUGCGGGAGCGGGUGGAGCAGCGGAUCAACGCCGCCGUACAACACAUCUUCACCGCGUACGAAGCGUCCAGAGCGGCCGAGAGAGGACCGGAGGAGCCCG